GAAAACGAGUAAACGACGACUUCGCCGUUUGGUUUCACCAACUCGCUGUGACCUCCCCAAAUCGCCCCCCAUUCAAUCGACUUCCAGACCAGAGGUCCAUCUAUGUAGCCGCCACCGACGCUCUAUAUACAGCACGUGCAUCCUGCCAGUUCCCGCCGCUGGCCUCGUGUUGAACUUUCAGUCGCGAGGUCUUCCCUUCUCUCUCGGAUCGCGUCGUUUUUCGAAGUUGCUUCUGGAUUUCUUGGUUGACUUUUUACUGUUAGGGCAUGCUGGAUUGCUUUUCUGCCAGUUUGUUAGGAAAAUUUGAACACUUCUGUUAGAUUCUGAAUCUUUUGAUUGAUCUGCGUGGCAAAAGACUCCAUUCAUCCUCUUGUCAGGUUAUGAACAAUUUUGUGUUGGCUAUGAUCCAAGAAGAGGAAGGCCUGCAUUUCAUGCUUGUAGGGUGUUUCAUGUAAAAAUUUUGUCAUGGCCAUUGAGACUUUAUAGGGCUUAUAAGAAAGAGAAAAGUCUACAUAUCAGAGGAAGAAACGGAAAGGGGGAGAGGGAGGGAGGUAAGGAAGGAAAGAGAGGGGAGGGAGAAAGGGUUGUCAAUUGCCUAUGGAGGAGGUUCAACUUAAUAUCAACUGGGAAGAUGUAAUUUGCCCCAUAUGCUUGGAUUUCCCUCACAAUAGUGUUCUCCUCCAAUGCUCAUCUUAUGAGAAAGGAUGUCGGCCUUUUGUGUGCGACACAGAUCACUUGCAUUCAAAUUGUCUAGAUCGGUUCAAAACUGCACAUGGGAUGCCAUCUGACUCAGACUCACCUUCAACGUUGGAUGCAACUUCCCCACAAAAUAUGCGCCGAAUAUUGUUAGAAUCCAACAAGCCAUCUUGCCCUUUAUGCAGAGGAGAAGUUACUGGAUGGGCCAUCAUUGAUAUUGCCCGUGCACAUUUGAAUGAGAAGAAACGUUGUUGUGAGGAGAAUCAUUGUGCAUUUACUGGCACCUACUUGGAACUUCAAGAACAUGCUCAACUACAACACCCCCACGCACGCCCUUCAAAAAUUGAUCCUGCACGGCAGCUUGAUUGGGAGAACUUCCAGCAAUCUUCUGAAAUAGUAGAUGUUUUAAGCACCAUUCAUGCAGAAACCCCACAUGGUGUGGUUUUGGGAGAUUAUGUGAUUGAAUAUGGGGAAAAUGGCUCUGCAGAUGAGUUUGAGGACUUCCCUGGCGAUGAAGGCAACUGGUGGACUUCAUGUAUCUUAUAUCAGGUAUUUGAUAACUUGAGAACAUCUAGAAACCGAAGAAGGUCAAGAACCACGGAUUCAAGAAGAGGAAGUCGCAAUUUGAGUCAUAGAACUUCCACUUCUGAUGAGGGUUCUGUCAUAUCUGUAGAAUUUCCAGAGUACAGAGUUGAUGAGACUGAUGAUGAGUUUAUGAGUGCGAGUCACCACCCAAGGCAUAGGGCUGAUCAUCGAAGUUCUCGAAGACGGCGUUCUCGCUUCUAUGACAUUUAGGUAGUCUUGGUCUCUAGAUCCCAGCAUUAUCUUUUUCUUUAUACUUUGAGUACAAGUGGAAGGGAAACUAAGGAAUGGAAGGAAGAAAAAUAGAAAAGAACAAAAAUGGUCUAGAUGCAAUGUCCACUGGAAAGUUGAAAAGUAGAUCAACGUGAUGCUGUUAAGACAUGCUUUUCAAGUUGAAUUUGAGAAUUCUGUCACCAUGUUGUGACUGCUUUCCUUACUUGGAUAUAACCUGUCAAGUUGGCUGCUUAUUGACUUAUGAUGUAGAAUUCAAUUGGGUUGGAAUUUAUAUUUUUGGAGGGACAAUGAUAUAUUCCUGCAGAAUUUGGUGGCAUGUUUGUUGACAAACUGUAUAAACCACCAUUUUGGACAUUUUACACCUGUGGGAAUGGCAGUUCCUGGAAGAGUCAAUUAA